GAAAGCGCUGUUUUUGGCGCUAUUUAAGCGCGCCAACGAGACUGUUCAAGAGGUCUGUCUGUGCGGCGCUAACUGCAGAGCAGCUCAUCCAGUCCGCGUCUUUCCCGUGAUUUCUUGUCAAAAUGCCUGAGGAGACAUCCGCUGCAUCGGGCUCUGCGAGUGCGGAGGAGAAGCCGUGCUCGUCAGCAGCAGCUGCUGCAGAACCAAACAGCUCCGGGGAUGUUAUGGAGGAGGCAAAGAAACUGAUCGGGACGGGGAAAAGGCACCUUGUGAUGGGAGAUGUGGUUUCUGCUGUCACUGUUUUCCAGGACGCCUGUGGCAUGCUGGCUGCGAAGUAUGGAGACACUGCAUACGAGUGUGGGGAGGCUGCCUUUCUUUGUGGGAAGUCUCUACUAGAGCUUGCAAGGAUGGAAAACGGUGUCCUUGGUAAUGCCCUGGAGGGAGUCCCAGAAGAAUCAGAAGAGGACCAGCCCAGCAACCCAAAUAUUGAGAGUGCAGACAACCUUGAUGGUGAUGACGAUUCUGAUGAUGAUGACGAGGAUGAUGGGGAUGGAAAUGGCCAAGAGAAGGAAGAGGAUGAUGUUGGGAAUUUACAGUUGGCAUGGGAAAUGCUAGAAGUUGCCAAAGUCAUCUAUAAGAAAAAAGAAGGUAAAGAAGACCAGCUGAUGGCAGCCCAGGCAUAUCUGAAACUUGGAGAAGUCAGUGUUGAAUCGGGCAACUAUCCACAGGCACUAGAAGACUUUCAGGAGUGUCUUGCCCUGCAGCUGAAGCACUUGCCUCCCCACAGCCGCCUGCUUGCUGAGACCCACUACCACGUUGCUACAACACUCGGCUACAUGGACCAGUACAGCCAGGCCAUACAGCACUUUAACAGAUCGAUAGAGGUGAUCGAGGCCCGCCUAGCCAAACUACAGGAGGCUAUAGAAGCGGCUGAAGGGGGUGAUGGUGCAAAAGAGGAGAAAAAUGAGGUUGAAGAGCUGAAGCUGCUCCUGCCUGACAUCAAGGAAAAGGUGGAAGAUGCAAAGGAGAGCCAGAAAAUGGCCAAUACUGCCUCGCAGGUUAUCCAGCAGACACUAGGUGGUGCCUCAACUUCAUCAUCAACAUUCCUCCAUGAAAAUGGUGGUCCAUCAUCGGCUGCAUUUGCCACAGCCAGCCAGAGCCCAGCUAAAGCAUCUGAGAGCUCAUCUUCAAAAGCGGUGUCUAACAUUUCUCACCUGGUCAGGAAAAAGAGGAAACCAGACGAGGAGAGCCCAGUAAAGGACACAGAUGCUAAACAAGCAAAACAGGAAACCACAGUUAAUGGCAGCGGUGACUCUAGUGCCAGCAAAGGAGUUCAGGAGGGAAAUUCACAGGAGCCUGCCAGCCAGUCGGCCUCUGUCGAGUCAUCAGCGUGAUCGUCUUGAACUUCUUCCUGAGCUCUGAAACCAGCAGUUUACCUGUCCAGACCUCCACAAUUUUCUUUAUGUAAAUAACUUCUCCACAUUUGUCAAGUUUUGUAUACUUGUAGUAAAAAUAAAAAAUUUUG